CUUCAACAGAGGUUUGAGGAUCAGGAUGCCUAUACAAUUAUGAGAAAUCUUAGAGAUCUCUUUAAGGAGCAGGCCAGGAUUGAGAGGUAUGAGACCCUUAAGUCCAUAUUGCAAAGCAAGCUCGAAAAGGGGAAACCAGUGGGGCCACAUGUUUUCCACAUGAUAGGCCUGUUUGACAGGAUGGCUCGACUUGGGAACCCCUACAAUGUUGAGAUGGCUACAGAUAUGAUCCUGUAUUCCUUACAUGAUGGAUUUGCCAAUUUCAGGCAGAUGUAUCACAUGGGAGCCAUGGGUAAGACCCUCAAUGAGCUGCAUGCUAUGCUCAAAACUGCUGAGCAAAAUGUCUUGGUUGAACCUAGGAAGGAUGUUCUUAUGGUCAACAAAGGGAAAGGGUUUAAGAAAGGGCCACAGAAGAAGCAACAGUCUCAAGGGAAGGGCAAGACAGUUGUUCCACCUAAGGGAAACACACCUAAAAUAAAGGUGGCUGCUGAGCAUGACUGCUUCUACUGCAAGGCUAAGGGGCACUGGAAGAGAAACUGCCCCAAAUAUCUGGAAGAUAAGAAGAGGGGUGCCUCUGCUUCAGGGACUACGAAAUAGGAGACGGUUGCAGAAGGGUGAGAUAGAUCUUCGCGUUGGAAAUGGAGCAAGAGUUGCUGCACUUGCCAUUGGAGAUUAUAGUCUACCGCUACCUUCUGGCUUGGUUUUAGAACUUUAUAAUUGUUAUUUUGUUCCUUCUAUUACUAAGAAUUUGAUUUCAAUUUCAGUUUUGAACCUUGAGGGUUAUAAUUUUGUCAUUAAGGAUUGUUUUUCUAUUUUUAAGAAUGACAUCUUUUAUGCUCAAGCCCAUAUGAAUAAUAGUGGAUUAUACAUAUUGGAUCUCAAAUCUGAAGUUUAUAACGUUGAUACAAAACGGCAAAAGUCGAAUGACAUAAGUGAAGCCAAUCUAUGGCAUUGUCGCCUAGGCCACAUUAGCAUUAAACGCAUGAAGGAACUCCAAACAGUUGGUAGCCUAAAGUCAUUUGAUUUAGAAUCAUUUGAAACAUGUGAAUCAUGUCUAAUGGGUAAGAUGACAAGGUCACCUUUCAAAGGUACAAGUGAAAGGACUACUGAGCUCUUAGCUCUCAUACAUACCGAUGUGUGUGGACCUAUGAGCAUAGAAGCUAGGAGAGGCUAUCGAUACUUCAUUACAUUUACUGAUGAUUUUAGUAGAUACGGGUAUAUCUACCUAAUGAAACAUAAAUCUGAGUCUUUUGAAAAGUUCAAAGAAUUUCAGCAUGAAGUUGAGACACAAACAGGCAAGAAGAUAAAGGCACUUCGAUCAGAUCGAGGGGGUGAAUAUCUGAGCCAAGAAUUCGACCAUCAUUUGAGGAGUUGUGGUAUUCUAACACAACUGACUCCACCAGGUACACCACAACUGAAUGGUGUGUCUGAGAGGAGAAACAGGACAUUGUUAGACAUGGUCCGCUCAAUGAUGAGUUUUGCUGAUCUUCCUACAUCCUUUUGGGGUU